AUGGGUGAUAUUUCAACUAACGUGAAUGCUAGUAACUCCUUAAAACGACCAGACUUCAAUAGCCCUUUCUACCUACAUCCAUCUGAAAAUGCUGCUUCUACCUUGCUUCCUGUAGUGUUUGAUGGAACUAGUUACAGAUCAUGGAGACGAGCAGUUCUUAGAGCAUAUGUUAAGAAUAAAACUGGAUUCAUCAAUGGCAAGAUUGUCAAACCAAGCUUUAUAGAUCCAGCAUUCAUGCAGUGGGAGAGAUGUGAUGAUAUGGUGACAUCUUGGAUCCUAAAUUCCCUCUCCCCAGAGCUGCGAGAUAGCCUACAAUAUGUUAACAAUGCUAAGGAAUUAUGGGAGGAAUUGGAACAUAGAUAUGAUCAGACUAAUGAAUGCAAACUAUAUCAAUUGCGGAAGGAAAUAAAUGACUUGUUGCAAGGUACUUUAGAUAUUACUGGUUACUAUACUAAAAUGAAGAAAUUAUGGGAGGAAAUGAGUGCAAUUGAUGUCAAUUCACAGUGGAACAUCCUCAUUAUGUCUACUUUGCCUACAAUGGCACAUGAAUUUGCUAUACUGUCACAAGAAAAGAGGCAGAGAGAAAUGAAGCCUCUAAAUCAUAUGGCCUUGGAGUCCACUUCACUUAAUGCUUCUAUGUUAUCUCAAAAUAAUGCAACAAACUCUAGUAGAGGAAGCACAAGUAGGGGAAAUGGAAGCUACAACAACACUGGCAACUUCACCAAUAACAAUACUGGCAAUUUCAACAACACUAAUACCUAUAAGGGAAACUCUAAUGCUGGUAAUAGAUCAAAUAUGUUUUGUGAAUAUUGCAAACGAACUGGACAUGUCAAAGAUGGGUGA